ACAUCACCACCACAUCACCACCACAUCACCACAGCUUCCAGCAGCAUCGCUUCUCCACACGGGACGGAUCUCCACAGAUCUCCUGCACUGAGGAGCUCAGGCUCUCUGCAGCUCCAGCAUGGAUAAGAAACUGGACCUGUCCAGACUGACGGACGAGGAGGCGAAGCAUGUGUGGGAGGUGAUCCAGAGAGAUUUCGAUCUGAGGAAGAAGGAGGAGGAGAGGCUGGGUGCUCUGAGGACUAAGAUAGAAAAGGAGGACACUAAGCGAGAGCUGCUGGGCUCUCAGUCUAACCUGGCUGAUUCUCACUGCAUCCACUGCCUGCAGCCCUUCAAGUUCCUGGUGAACAGUAAACGCCAGUGUCUGGACUGCCACCUGUACACCUGCAAAACCUGCAGCAAAUACAACAAGAAAGAGCGGGGCUGGGUCUGUGACCCCUGCCGAAUGUCCCGGGUCCUGAAAAUCGGAACUCUCGGGUGGUACCACGACAACAUGCGCUCCCGCUUCAAACGCUUUGGCAGCGCCAAGGUGAUGCGGUCCCUCUACAAGAGAUUAAACGAAGAGGGUCGCCGUGACGACGACACACAAAGCAUGCCAGACGUCCGCAAUCAUUACAAUGGCCAUGAUGAAGAUCAUAUGGAUGCAACAGAAGCUCAGCGCUAUAAGCAGAUGAGAAAGACGAAGCGUCUGCUCUCUGUUCACCCCAUGGAUCUGGAAAUGGACGAAUACGGAAGCCACUCGCGACGGCAGUCUAUGCAGUAUUACCCAGACGAUCGUGGAAUGUCGAGGAAUGAUUUUGAAUAUACCCCUGACAUGUAUCAUCAUCAUCAUCCUCCUCCUCAUCGUAUGAACCGCAGGAAGAGUCUGGACCGGUUUUCACGACCAGAUGAUGGACACUUGGAGAACAGGAUGGUUCGAGCUCGGUCUCUGUCGAAGAUAAACUCCUCUUUGCCUCAGCGCUCUCACUACCUGGACACCUCUGAGGAGGAGGACGGGUUUCGCUAUCCCGUCUAUCAGCUCCCCUCGCGCCGCCGCAGUCGCACUUCCUCUCAGGAGAACAUCCAGCAGAACGCUCCCCCGAUUAAUGAGCUGAACAAGAGGAUGUACGCCAUCGAGAGUCUCCUGAACCGUCUGGAGGAGAAGAUGACCGUGCCUCAUGAUCAGCCCGCCCCGCCCUCCUCGAGUCAGCUGCAGGAGGAGGAGAAGCUGAAGAGGAAGCUGGAUGAGCUGAUGAGUGACAGGGCUCUGUCUUCUGAUGAGGAUGAACUCAAGAAACCACCUCAGUAUAAAGGGUCUGCAGUGAGAGGCGGUCUCCACGGCGACCCAGGACUGACGGCUCCUGUGAUACAGGAUGCAGAAUUAAGCUCCUCCAGUGAUGAGAUGCCCACUGAGGCCCAGAAGAGAUCCACCGCAGCGGCUCUCUGCGACAUCACAACCCAGGUUUUAAGAACCCUUAAUGCCACAGAAAGCGCUCUGACCGAGCUGAACCCCUCAAACCCUAAUGACAGACCUCAGUUAGCGGCUGCUGACGUAAAGAAAGCUGAUGAUUCUUACAGGGAACUUGAGGAAAAUGUGUAUCUAACUGCAGGAAAGUCCUAUACUACGGAGAGGAAGUUGAGGAAGAUUGAGCAAAGUGCUAGGAAUCAUUACGUUGACUCUGAUCUGUCCGAACUUGAGGACCAGCUAAAAGUAGCCGCCGCCCAGGUUCAGAGCACAGAGAGUGAGGUAUCAGACAUUGAGACCAAGAUUGCUGCCCUUAGUGCUUCGGGAAUGUCAAUAGAGAAGGCCAAGAAAAAGGCAUCGAGUAUCCAACAAAGAAGAAAGUUUUCUCAAGACAUUGCUGCAAGCAGAGCCCAUUUCUAAAUGAAAUAUGGAUAUCACGAUAUAAAUACACAGCUUUAACCAUUUUGCUUAUCCCUAAUUUAAUCUAGAGAUAUCAUGAUUUUUGACCCAUUUUCAACAAUGCAUUUUUUUUAAAUUGCCUACAGACAGGCUUAAACUAAUGAGAAGAAAAAAAAAAAUAUCCGACAGGUAUAUUGUGUGAUUAUCAUAAUUAUUCCAUGAUGUAUUGAAUGUUACUACUAUGAUAUGUGACAAAAAUGUAUGUAAAAAAGUAUUGAUGAGACUAUUGAGUUGACUUCAACUGUAAAACAUGAUGUCAAGAGCGCUGUUCACACCUAUUACUGUUAUACAAUAGCUGCAUAAGAUAACGUUAUCAUUUUAACCAGUGUAAAACUGUCAAAACUGUGUAAAAAACACAUUAAAUCAGAUCUCAAACCAUCUGAACACCUAUGGGAGAUGUUAGACUGACAGAUUUGACCAAACUCUCCACCACCACCUGGUGGCACCUUGCUAAAAUGCUUUAUAUUAAUUGGGUUUUAAAUUUUUAUUUUUCACUUGUCACUGUUUUUUUUAUUUGUAUUAUUGUCCUGCAUUGUAGAUUAAAACUCAAACAAUGAAGAAGAACACAUGGAAUUAUUUAGUUAACACGAGAAAAACUAAACAAAAUUAAACAAACCAGAAUAUGUUUUAGAUUUUAGAUUCUUCAAAAAAUAGCACCGCUUGUUAGAUGAUUUAUGAUGUAGAGUCACCUGGAAUUCAGGCUUUCAGUUAACAGCUGUGCUGAACUCAUCACGAGUUAACUAGAAAAAAGUACUGACAAACAGCAAAUGAAUUAUGUAUUAAGGUGAAUUUAAUUUUAUUCUGGUCUUCACUGCAAACAAAUAAACACUUUUUUGAUUGCGGUUGUUUAAGUGAACGUUGAUUAAAUAAA